AUGUACAUGAGCGAGUAUGGUGCGACAUGUGAUUAUUCAAUUUCAACCUAUUCAUACAAACAGCAAAAAAAAACCAACAAGCUUGCGAAGAAACCAGAAAACUCGAAGAAGUCUUCGAGUACAAAUUUGGAUUAUAUUUCUGCUUUCUGUGAUUCGAAACGUGCUCAAUCAUCUGCCAAUCCACAAGAUGCCAUCUCCAGCGAGGGCAGUCAGAGCCCUACUAGUACAAACUAUAGUAGAAAAGAUGAACAAUUCAUUGAUAACUAUCUCUUAGAAGCGAAUUUCAUAGAUAAACUUGUAGAAUCGGGUUUCGCGGAAAUGGAAAAUAGUCAGUUGUAUAUGAUUACUGAAGAUUGA